AUGGAGUGUCACAAGACAAAUCAGCAUACUGCUUACCCGGUUUUAUAUGACGUGGAACCCUCCGAAGUCCGCAAACAGAGUGGGGCAGUUGGAGAAGCCUUUGCCAAACAUGAGAAUAUAGAGGCGGCUGGGAAAUGGAGAGAGGCUCUAAAAGAAGCAGCAGAUUUGACUGGGUGGGAAUUGAAGAACACCGCUGAUGGACAUGAAGCUAAAUUUAUCCAGAAAAUAGUUGAAGAGGUUUCAUUAGAGUUACGUUCCAUUAAUUACCGAAUUGAUGAAAACUUAGUAGGCAUGGAGACCCGGAUCAACGAUAUUGUAUCAUCUUUAGGAACUGCUACCAAUGAUGUUCGCAUGAUCGGCAUCAGGGGGAUAGGAGGUGGUGGGAAGACAACUUUUGCAAGAGUUGUUUUUAAUAAGAUAUCCUUUCAGUUCGAGGGUAAAAGUUUCAUUGAGAACAUCAGGGAAGUUGCAAACACUUCUUUGUCCGGUUUGAAGUUGUUGCAAAAUCAAGUCCUUUCUGAUGUCUUAAAUAGUCAAGGCAUCCACAUACAUAAUGAAUAUGAGGGAAAAAUGAUGUUGGGGAAGAUUAUGCGUGGUAGAAAGGUUCUUCUUGUUCUAGAUGAUGUAGAUCAUAUUAACCAGCUUGAGGCGUUAGCCGGUAACCCUGAUUGGUUUAAGCCGGGAAGUAUAAUUCUUAUUACAACAAGAGAGAAGCAAGUGUUGGUAGCACAUGGAGUGAAGUUGAUCCAUAAUGUCAAUUUGUUAUCGGAUACGGAAGCAAUUUACCUAUUUAGUAAAUAUGCAUUUGGGAGAGAUAUUCCAAAAGGGUAUGAAGAGCUAUCGAGACAAGUUGUAUGUUAUGCUGCUGGUCUUCCCUUAACAAUCAAAGUUUUGGGUUCGUUUCUUUGUGGUAAAAGUAAGCUCGAAUGGGUAGAUGCUCUAGACAGACUAAAAGCAAUUCCAUUAGAGGAAACUCGAAAAAAGUUGGAAUUAAGCUAUAUUAGUCUAGACGUCGAUUAUAAGGAACUAUUCCUAGAUGUUGCCACCAUGCUGAAAGGUUGGCCAAAAGACUCGGUAAUUGAAGCUCUUGAAAGUUGUGGAUUUUAUGCCAGAAUUGGUUUAAGAGUUCUUGAGCAAAAAUCUCUCAUAACUAUUGAUGAUUUUGAGCGUGUGGGCGUGCAUGACCAUUUAGAAGAAAUGGCAAAGAAUAUUGUUCGGCGUUCUCACCCGGAUAGCCGAUUGUGGGAUACCAAAGAAAUUGAAGAUGUAUUGGCUAAUGACUUGGGUACUGAAGCAACAAGAUAUAUACAAUUCGAGUGGGGGGAUCUUGAUCCGGAAAUCGUUAUGAAAGGUCUUAGAAAGAUGAAGGAACUUCGGUUUCUUGAUGUGGCUCUACAAUUGUCUUUGUAUUGGAAUCAGGAAAUCAAUAGACCCAUCCCAAGCUUUACAAAUGCUUUAGGCUUGCUGUGUUAUAAUUUUAUAUUUAAUAAGCUCAACCCAUACUUUCCUGAUGCUUUACGAUAUCUGUGUAGGAACGAUUACCCUUUUAGUUCUUUACCCAAAACAUUUCAAGCAAAUAAUCUUGUUGCACUUCAGAUGCUUGAUAGCAAAAUUGUACAACUUUGGGAAGGGGGGAGAAAGAAAGGUAGGAUUGGUUUAUUGAUUGUUUUGCAUGAUUCGUUAUAA